GGAAAAAAACUGAAGUCAGCUGACUCCUCUUCGUGUUUUGAUGAGCAGUUUUUGACAGUUUAGAAACAGUUAUUGAGUCAUUUUAAGAUAUAUUUACAUUUUUGCCAGUAUUAUCUGUUAAUAAGCAGUAAUGUUACGACCAAAGGCGCUGACGCAGGUUCUCAGUCAGGCGAACACAAACGGAGUUCAGAGCACACUGUUACUGAACAAUGAAGGUUCACUUCUGGCUUACUCCGGGUACGGGGACACUGACGCACGAGUAACAGCCGCCAUCGCCAGCAACAUCUGGGCUGCUUACGACAAGAACGGCCACCAAGCCGUUAACGAAGAUAAGCUCAAAUUCAUACUCAUGGACUGUAUGGAGGGACGAGUGGCCAUUACUCGUGUCGCCAACCUGCUGCUGCUGUGCAUGUACGCCAAAGAGACAGUGGGCUUUGGGAUGCUUAAAGCCAAGGCAGAGGCGCUGGUGCAGUACUUAGAGGAACCACUAACUCAAGUGGCAGCGUCAUAGUGGAAAUGUGCCUGAAGCUCCGCCUUCUGUCCGCCUGGAAAACAAGCGUCAUGUGAUCCAGGUCAUUUAUGGACUACUGUAACAUUCUGUGUACAUGCAUAUAUCUGUGUGUGUGUGUGUGUGUGUGUGUGUGUGUGUGCUUGGGUAGGGGUGUGUAUUUAUAAUCAUGGUAUUGAAACAACUAACGUCUGUGGGUUUUUAUAACUAUUUGCGCUCCCUUGUGACGCUUGUGUUCAUCUGUUGGAUCACUCUGAACGUCCUCAUAAUCCGUCAGUAAGAAGUCUGACUGUUCAGCUGAAGAAAUAAUUCCAUAAUCGACUCGUCCCACAGUCGAUUCUUUCAUUUGCAGUUUUAGUUCAAUGCUGCUGAUCGUAGUAAAGCAGAAAAUUUAACAUUUUGAAUCCUAUCUGAGAACUAAAAAUACUCAAACGAAUGUCUGUCUGAUAAAAUGCAGUUAAAACUAUUUGCUAUGUUUUGUUUCAAAGCUGUCAAAUAAAUAAUUUUUGGAUUAA